CGACAAACAGAAAGAGAGAGGAAUCGUGAUCAGGAGAGAAAGCACCGGCCGUACCAAGCAAAAGCAAAAUACCUACUACUCACUCUCCCCAUCUCUCAUCUGUGAGUUUGCACAGUGCAUCUAGUAAUAGGCUAUGGCUGACAGCAGUGGUGGUGAUGGCGCUGCUGCUGUGUGUUCUCUCGCUCGCUCACUCACUCACACAAGCUAGCAUAGCAUAGCAUAGCAUAGCAUACUUGUGUAUUUUUGGCAGAUGAUGUCCUGUCAAGGAAGCUGCUGUGAGCCCAGAUGCCGCUGGACGUGCGCGCUCGUCCCUAUUAAACCCCCCUUGCGAUGCGCGCCCUCAUGCCGCUCCUCCGUCUUCCCCACCUCCGGCCGCUCCUCACGCUCCUAGCCGCCGCCGCCGCGCGCCGGCGCCAAGCUAGCGGCGAAGAUCGAAGAAGAAGAAGAUCGGCGGACGUCAUGCUCGGCUCACUCCACUCCUCCUCCUCCUCCUCUGACACCGACACCACCACCAACAACAACAACAGCGGCGGCGUCGAGGCUGCCGCGCAGGGCGGCAUAGGGCACGCUCUGCAGCAAGCCGCGGCGCCGCCAUCAGCGCGGGACCUCGUGCUGGCGUGCGCCGACCUGCUCCACCGCGGAGACCUGGCCGCGGCCCGGCGCGCGGCCGAGAUCCUGCUCUCGACGUCCUCCCCGCGCGGGGACGCCGCCGACCGCCUGGCGUACCACUUCGCGCGCGCGCUGGCGCUCCGCGUGGACGCCAUGGCCGGGCACGUGGUGCCAUUCGCCAGCAGCUCAGGCUCCCCGCGCCAGUCCUCGGGUGGGCCGGGCGCGUCGGCCGGCCCGUACCUGGCCUUCAACCAGAUCGCGCCCUUCCUUCGCUUCGCGCACCUGACGGCGAACCAGGCCAUCCUGGACUCCAUCCCCGCCGGCGCGCGCCGCGUGCACAUCCUGGACCUGGACGCGGCCCACGGCGUUCAGUGGCCGCCGCUGCUCCAGGCGAUCGCGGACCGGGCCGACCCGGCGCUGGGCCUCGGCCCGCCCGAGGUCCGCAUCACGGGCGCCGGCGCCGACCGCGACGCGCUCCUCCGCACGGGCAACCGCCUCCGCGCCUUCGCCCGCUCCAUCCGCCUCCCCUUUCACUUCGCCCCGCUCCUCCUCUCCCAAAGCACGAAGCACCAGCAAGAAGACUCGGUCGCCGGCUCCGGCUCCGGCUCGAGCCACGCGGGCUCCGGCUCGAGCCAGCAGCUGGUGGAGCUGCACCCGGACGAGACGCUGGCCGUGAACUGCGUGCUGUUCCUGCACAAGCUGGGCGGGCAGGAGGAGCUCGCGGCGUUCCUCAAGUGGGUCAAGGCCAUGGCCCCCGCCGUCGUCACCGUGGCCGAGAGGGAGUCGUCACAUCCGACGGCCAUCGAGCACCCGGCCAUGGCCAUGGGGAUCGACGGCAGAGAGCAGGACGAGCUCCUGCCGCGGCGAGUGGGGGCGGCCAUGGACCACUACGCGGCGGUGUUCGAGGCGCUGGAGGCCACGGUGCCGCCGGGGAGCCGGGAGAGGCUGGCGGUGGAGCAGGACGUUUUGGGCCGGGAGAUCGAGGCCGCGGUCUCCGGCGUUGGGGGAAGAUGGCGUGGCGGGCUCGAGCGGUGGGCCGCAGCGGCACGGGCCACAGGGUUCGCGGCCCGCCCGCUCAGCCCGUUCGCCGUGUCGCAGGCCCGGCUGCUGCUCCGGCUGCACUACCCGUCGGAGGGGUACCUCGUCCAGGAGGCCCGCGGCGCGUGCUUCCUCGGGUGGCAGACCAGGCCGCUGCUGUCCGUCUCGUCCUGGCACUAGCUAGCAGUAAGUACUUACGUACUUGGCGCACUCUACUGUGUCCAUGCAUGCAUGCACACCGGAGACGACGACGGCGGCCAGUGGCCUCCUAGGGUUUGCCUGCUCGAUCGAUCACUACGACCCCAUAUAUAGAGCUAAAUUAUAUAUGAACAUCUGAGUGCAUUAAUUGGUGCCAUAUUAAUAUUAUUGGCUGCUUAAUUGCUGGUACUCUACUUAGUAAUUCAGAUUCGAUCAGAUCGAUCUCGUGGCCGGUGAUUUUGGAGAGAAUGAAUUAGUUGGAUCGAUUUGAAAGGAAGGAACCCUAACCCUAGCUAGCUAUCAGCUGCAUGAUGUGUUCAUCUUUCAUUUGCUGCUGUUGGUUUGUGUUAUUACUGUUGAUUUAAGAGAUGAAGGCUAGCUAUGCACAUGCGCGCGGAUAUCGCAUUGGAGGAAGUGAAGAGAGCUUCGACGUUAAACUUGGUGAGGAUACUACUAGUAGUACAGUGCUAGUUCCAAAUAAUUAAUUGCAUCCAUUUUCUCUUUUUAAUUACUCUUGCUAGCUUUGUUAAUUAGUUAAUUUCUGUCUCACUAGUUCCUCUUGGACCUGUAUACGUACAUGGGUUAUUGUUUUAGGGAGAUUUUGUCUAUAUAUUAAUGGGACCUAAUGCACUAGUGUAUUUGUUAA